UGAAAUUGCGGCUAGCUCUCGUACGCGUUACGUCAAAACUCAAGUCGAGUCUUCACUCAUUUCUAAAUACAUGGAGUUAUAAGGAUUUUCAUUCGUACCACUGUUCACACAAGUAGUAUCUGUAAAAAUUAGGCUACUCAGAAUUUAGCUGACUGCACCACAGUUUAGAUCUAUACCUUCAGAAAUUCCUCUGUGGCAGAUGAAUUUGUACUGGAACUUAUGACAAUGGCAUUUUCAAAGGACAAAAUCAACAGGAAUACCAAAGUCAUGAGGAGCUUCCGACUUCAUCGAAUUACUGCAAUAUGCAUUAUAGUGACUUUGCUGUUAGUGGAUCAUAUUAGCUGGGCGACAGAGACAGUUAUUGUUCGGGAGAGGAGUUUUAGUGUUGCAGAUGUGCCAAAUAGUGAAUUCUAUCCUGGUUCAGGGGCAGCAGUCACACCAUCCUUCUAUAGAUUACUAGAGUUUCAUGAUAACCGAGGAAACAAAAGUAACAUGUUUGUUGGGGGUAAAAAUGUUCUUUUGGAGCUCCGCCUAGACUCUCUUUCGCUGAUCAGAGAAAUUGUGGUUCCAAAGUAUGCUGUGGGUUUUUCAUGUGAUGACUUACAGGAUAGUGAGGUAAGAUGUGUUGCGCUUUGUUGACGUUUGAUGUUUAAUGAACCAAUGAUUCCAGUAUGAAAGCAGAAAUUAAUAUCAUGUUUUAUUCAUUCUAUAGGCCUAGUGGUUUGUAAAUCAUCUUUUUAAUGGCAUCCCUGCUUGUCAAAUCAGAAAAAUAUUAUGAUUUUUGCUUAUGAAUAAAAGUACAUGUGUAGGCUAUACACUACCUUUUCCAUUUAUUGACAUUCUGGUAAUAUGUGUGCGUGUGUUUGCUGUUUGCUUUCACUUUCCUACAUUACAUAAACUAUAAACAGUGCUUGAUUUUAUCUUUGUAAAACAAUAUGCUUUAAAGUAAACAUGCAGGUAGAGACAUGGUACUGCUGUCAUGUACAUGGACCACACAAUGUGUCAUUAAAAUUGAUUAUCAAUGUGGAUGAGAAAGAGAGGUGGGGGGGGGGGGGUCAAAA